GCGUUGCGGGCGGGCGGCUCCGCAGUGCCCAUGGCUCUACCGAGCGCGGUGCGGGCGCUCCACGCCACCGCCUCCCGCAUGGGCGCCCCGCGUUCCGUUCCCCGCGGUGCCGCCCCGCCGUUACCGGCUAACGGGAAGGGGGGAACCAGACCGGUACCUCCGCCGGUACCGCCGCGGGGUGCGGCCCCGGUCGUGGAUUUUGGGGACCCGCAAGAGGCGUUCCGCAGCAAAAGCAGCGCCGAGCUGUUGCGGGGGUUGCUGGUGCUCGGGCUUUGCGCUGUGGGACCGUUGGUGGAGUACAACCGAGAGCUGAUGCAGUUCGGGAAGCGGAUGUUGGGCCAGGCGCUGUUCGAGCGGCUGAUGAAGAUGACUUUCUACGGGCAGUUCGUGGCCGGGGAGGACCAGGAGGCCAUCAAACCGCUCAUCCGGCGGAACCGGGCCUUCGGAGUGGGCGCCGUGUUGGACUACAGCGUGGAGGAGGACCUGAGCCCCGCUCGGGCCGAGCGCCAGGAGCUGGCCUCCUGCACCUCUGCAGCCGAGAAGGAGCCAGGAGGAGCAGAGCAGAGGGAGAAGCAGUUCCGUGCCCAUCGUGGCUUUGGGGAUCGCCGUGAUGGAGUCAUCAGUGCACGCACCUAUUUCUAUGCCGAUGAAGCCAAGUGUGAUCAGCACAUGGAGACCUUCCUGCGCUGCAUCGAUGCAUCAAGUGGCAGUUCAGAGGACGGCUUCUCGGCCAUCAAGCUGACAGCACUGGGUAGACCUCAGUUCCUGCUGCAGUUCUCAGAGGUGCUGGUGAAGUGGCGACGGUUCUUCCACCAAAUGGCUGCAGAGCAGGGCCAAGGCGGGCGGGCAGCACUGGAGAUGAGGCUGGAGGUGGAGAAGUUGCAGGAAGCCCUGGCCAAGCUCGGCAUCGCAACCAAGGCGGAGAGCCAGCACUGGUUCACAGGCGAGAACGUGGGUGAGAGUGGCACUGUGGAUCUUCUGGACUGGAACAGCCUGAUUGACAGCCGCACCAAGCUCUCCAAGCUGCUGCUCAUCCCCAACAUCAAGACCAGGCAGCUGGAGCCUCUGCUCUCACACUUCACCGAGGAGGAGGAACUGCAGAUGAAACGGAUGCUGCAGCGGAUGGACGUCCUUGCCAAGAGAGCCACGGAGACGGGGGUGAGGCUGAUGGUGGAUGCAGAGCAGAGCUACUUCCAGCCAGCCAUCAGCCGCCUCACCCUGGAGAUGCAGCGCCGCUUCAACAGGGAGCGGGCCGUCAUCUUCAACACCCACCAGUGCUACCUGAAGGAAGCUUACGAUAAUGUGAGUGUGGACGUGGAGCUGUCGCGCCGGGAAGGCUGGCACUUUGGCACCAAGCUGGUCCGUGGAGCCUACAUGGAUCAGGAGAGGGAGAGAGCAGCGAAGAUUGGCUACGAGGAUCCCAUCAACCCCACCUAUGAGAAGACCAAUGAGAUGUAUCACAGGUGCCUGGACUGUGUGCUGGAGGAGAUCAAGCACAGCCGGAAAGCCAACGUCAUGGUGGCAACUCACAAUGAGGACACCGUCAAGUUUACCCUGCGCAGGAUGAUGGAGCUUGGGAUCCAUCCUUCAGAGAAGAAGGUCUGCUUUGGGCAGCUGCUGGGCAUGUGUGACCAGAUCACUUUUCCCCUAGGUCAGGCUGGCUUCCCUGUCUACAAGUACGUCCCCUAUGGCCCAGUGGAUGAGGUGCUGCCCUACCUGUCCCGCCGUGCCCAGGAGAACAGGGGCUUCAUGCAGAGAGCCAACAAGGAGCGGGACCUGCUCUGGAGGGAGUUCAAGCGGCGACUUUUGGCAGGCACCAUCUUCAGCACCAAACCCUGACCCCUGCAGGACCCAACCUGUGCCCAGCAGCGGGGCUCUUGUGCCUUCGUGUUAACCACUAACCCCAGCUCCUCUGCCUUGUUGUGUUGCUGUUUUUCCUCCUGAGGCCUUUGCCUGAGGGGGAGAUGUUCUCUCAUUGCUGUAGAACUACAUCCUCCUUCUGGAGGCCACUACUGUAGGGCUGCCUAGCUGCCCCAAGUGAUGUCCCUCUGCUGUUCUUUGGCAGAGCCAAAGCUCUCAGUGCCUUGUGACCAUGCCAGCCCUGGGGCAUCUAUCAUGGGGAUGGGAUCUGCUCAGCCACGUCCCUGUGCUGUCCUGUGAGGCCAGGGCAGUUCUGGGGGUCAGGGAACCAGGAGUCCAGGGAGUUGGGCUGCAGCUCAGCUCUGGCAAUCACUGCAUUUGCAGCAAAUUACAACAAUUAAAGCACUGCUGCUCUUGUUCCUC